AUGGCUGCAUCCCAGAUCGCUAAUCUCGUGGAAGAUUUGGUCGGACAUGACGAUAACGCUGAUGUGACGACCGACAUCAGUAAUACCAACAAGGUGGAGUGUGCUCAGGACACUGGGGAGAAGAUCAAGGCAACCGUCUGGGCGGGAAAGAACAAAGUGGAAAUUGUGGACAUGCCUAAGCCUCGGGUCAUUGACCCAAGAGAUGCCGUGAUCAAGGUGACUGGCUCAACCAUCUGUGGAAGCGACCUCCAUCUGUAUCAUGGCGUGAUACCACAGCUGGAGAAAGGCGAUGUGUUAGGCCACGAAUUCUGUGGUGUUGUUGAAAGUAUUGCGCCGGGCGUCACUGGCUGCAAGGUGGGCGACCGCGUUGUGGCUUCGUUUCCAAUUGCCUGCGGGCAAUGCCGAAAUUGUCAGAUGGAAUUAACAUCGGCGUGUGAACGGACGAAUUCUAAUACUAUCACGAAUGCAAUGUAUGGCAAGCGAACGUCAGGUAUCUUCGGGUACAGUCAUUUCACGGGUGGGUUUGCAGGCGGACAGGCAGAGUAUGUUCGUGUUCCCAAUGCCGAUGUUAAUCUUUUGGUCCUGCCUGAAGAUGUUCCUGAUGAGAAGGGUUUGUAUCUAUCUGAUGUCCUGGCCACCGCCUAUCACUGCGUGGUGGACACCGGGGUGAAAGAGGGUGAUACGGUUGCAGUAUGGGGCGCUGGUCCCAUUGGCCAGAUGGUCGUGCAAUUCAGCCUCCAGCAGGGAGCCAGUCGAGUCAUCCUGGUUGAUGGUGGAAAUGGUGCCUGGAGACUGGAGUUCGUCAGGAGCAAGACCCCCAACGUUGAGACCCUUAAUUUCACCGAUCUAUCCAGGAGGGAAUCUGUGACUUCCAAACUCAAGGGAAUGGCCUCCGGUGGGGUCGAUGUUGCUUUGGAAUGUGCUGCCGGCGAGUAUGCCAAGGGAUGGACGCAUUAUUUGGAGAUGCUGUCAGGAGCCGAAACCGACACGUCGGAGAUCUUGAACGAGAUGAUCACAUCUGUGAGGCCGUUUGGACGGAUUGGGGUAACUGGUGUCUAUGCUGGCUAUACAAACCAUUUCAAUAUUGGUGCUAUCAUGCAGACAGGUAUCCGAUUAAUUGGCAAUGGCCAGGCGCCCGUCCAGAAAUACUGGAAGCAUUUGCUCGAGCUGAUACGGGAGCAAAAGAUCAACCCCCUUGACAUGGUCACCCAUGUUGUGCAAUUGACUGACAUGCCAAAGCUGUAUAAGCUAUUUGAACAGCGGUCCCCAGGAAUGCAGAAGGUUUUUGUUCGGACUCGCCACUCUUUUCCUCCAUCACAGGAAGCCCCAGCAUUGAUUGACUUGGUAAAUGUGGUGUGA